CCAUCCCUUAUUCUUUUUCGUGUUGGUCCUUAGCAGCGGCGUUUCUCCAUGUGACGUAACUUGUGUAUUAUGGUUUGCUCUCUUCGGGGGAAAACCAGAUGGAGUUUUAGUCACAUGUUUGUCUUCAUUUCUGUCUCGCAGCAAUUCUAGCCGUUGUUACUGGAGAUCUGCGAUCGCCAUGUUGUCUAUGUUUGAAUUAGGAGGGAGCGGGAGAGGAAUCCAACAAUUGGUUCUGUUAACUUGAAAGUUGUAAUCCUCAGGGAUAAACAGAGCAAGCAUUCCGAGCGGGAAACUCUGGAAGUCCCCGAGUGUACUUCGGCCAAUGCAACAGACAUAAGUGCUGCACCCUGUUGUUUGUUAGCCGCAUCUUAUCUUAUGAGAAAGCAUGUUAAGUAAAUGGUAUGAGUGGUUCCUUACCCUAAGGACCAACCGCAGUGGAACGGAUAAUGGCAAUGAUAUAGGAGAUCCAGCCCCUUCUGGUAACUCCGUUUUAGGAAGAAAACGUCCUAGAACCAGGAGAAUUUGUGGACACAGUGAAGGUUGCAGCAGUGGAGGUGAAAGAGAAGACCAGCACCUUAAUGACAUGGAUGAAAAGCAGAAGUCCCUCUCUAAGUUCUCUACUUUCUUCUCUGCCAAUCCAGCUAAUGAGACCAACGCUAGACAGCUCUCCUUCUCAAAUGAUACAGAGUUUACUAAACAGACCCACGUCUCAAGAUGGAUCAGUAACUUGUGUUGCAAGGGAUCCGAUUAAACAGCAGCAGUAUCACUGCAAAGUUGUUACAGAAUUUUUUAAAUCAGACCGAAGUCCACCACAGGAGGACACCAGUUUGUUGUUCCGACGACCAAGGAUUCCUCCAGAAAUACAGAAUAAAAAGGAGCUCAGUAUGACUACAGCUGUACCAGAAGCACCAGCACUUGGAAGAAGCUUACGUCUUGAAGCUUGGAAAACUGAGAGUGGAAAUUUGAACGCAGUUGCAGGCAAGCAAAAUCACCAGAUGUACAAGUCUGUAUAUGAAAAAACAUUUCCAAUCAUUUCUGUUAAGAGAAGCCGCUCUUGUGGAGCAUUAAGUCCAAGAAAAUCUCAAAAGAGACAUUGCAGCACAGCUGAAGAGACAAUCCGACAUGAAGAAAAGGAAUUGUAUAAGCAGUUGUUGCAGAUGGUGUCUAAUAACCAGUUUCCUGAAUCUCGAGCUGUCUCCCCAGUUUCUGUGAUACAAUCUCCACGAGAUCAGACCAGUUGUAUUGCAUCUCCUUGCUUAUUUAAAAAAACACCUUCUUUGGAUGACCAGUCUUCUGAGGGUCAUGAAAACAGCUUAGAGACUUUUACUCCCAACACUUGCAAUGUUGAACUUUUUCCAUGUCGGACAGGUAGUCCAUGCCAUGUGGAAUCUGACACAAUUUCAGACUCCAGCAUUACAUCUGCCCAGCAUGAUCCAUUACUGUCUUUGGAUAUGCAGUCCACAGCAUCAGAUUCAGAUUCUGUUAUUGUCAUCAAGGUGAAAGAUGCCCCAGCAGAGGAAAGCACAAGCAUGCCUUAUUUUAGGGCAGAACAGUGGAUCAAAGAACUAACCAGUAUGUAUGAUUCACGGGCUCGGCAGAGACAAAAACAGAUAGAAGAACAGGAGGCAUUAGCACUUCGCCUUCAAAAACAGAGACUGGAAGAAGAGGAACCUCGAAAACAUAGGUCAGUUGAACUGAAACUCCGGGUGCCUUUGGAAAAAGAGAUUCCUGCUACAAUACGUGAAGAAGAAAGAAAAAAGGAGGAAAAACCCAGACAAGAGGAGGAAUUUCCUGAACUUACCGAAAAGAUGGAGGCAGAAAUACAGAAAGCUUUUAACUCAGGGAAUCAAGAUGAAGUUCUCAGUGAUGCCUUCCGGUUAACAAUAACCAGAAAAGAUAUUCACACACUUAAAAACCUCAACUGGCUCAAUGAUGAGAUUAUCAAUUUUUAUAUGAAUAUGCUGGUGGACAGAAGUACAAAUAAGAUGCUACCAAAAGUGCACGCAUUUAACACAUUUUUCUUUCCAAGACUAAAAUCUGCAGGUUUUCAAGCUGUGAAAAGGUGGACCAAAAAAGUGGACAUUUUUGCAGUGGACAUUCUUCUGGUUCCUGUUCAUCUAGGAGUUCACUGGUGUUUAGCGGUUGUGGAUUUCAGAAAAAAGUCAAUUGAGUAUUACGAUUCCAUGGGUGGAAGUGGUGCUGUAGCUUGUAGUUUAUUGCUGCAGUACUUAAAGCAAGAAUGCCAGGAUAAGAAAGGAAAACCAUUUGAAUCAAAUGGUUGGAAGUUGAGCAGCAAAAAUAGUCAGGAAAUCCCUCAACAGAUGAAUGGAAGUGACUGUGGCAUGUUUGCCUGUAAAUAUGCAGAUUACAUUACCAGAGGCUGGCCAAUCACAUUUAGUCAGAAACAUAUGCCGUACUUCAGGAAGAGAAUGGUUUGGGAAAUACUGAAUCAAAAACUGCUAUGAUCUAGUGGUACUAGUCCAAUAGUACUGCCAUAUUACCUUUUACAAUAUUUUACUGUCUGGAACUUAACAUGUUGCAUAAUGCAAUGAAGACAUUUGGAAUACUAUAUAGCCAAGAAGAAAAUCCUUUAAUUAGAUUACGGGUUAUGUCUGUAAAUUGGAGUCAGCAUGUUUUGUUACAAAACCUGAAUGAUCUACUUCAUUACAUGCAACUUAUGGCACGUCACUACAGUAAAAGUCUUGUGAAGAGUGUCAAUCUUAAAAUGCCAAAAGGGACCUUUCCACAUAUCAAUGGACUAGAUGAGCACUUUGACAGUUUUGUAUGUGUUUUAACGUAAACGUUGCUGCAGAAUUUCAUGUAUACAUUUUUAAAGCACUGGUUUAUGACUCUGCACUCCACGUGUUUAAUUUACUGGCCACACUGCCUCUGAACAAACCAAUGAGUUGUAGCUGCUUCAUACAAACCAAAUGAAGAGGUACCCUUAUUUGAAUUAUAUGAUGACCCCACCACCAAGACGCCUUUUGUGAUACGCCAUACAGAUCUCUUUUCUUCAUUAAACAGUGGUUUAAACAGGCAAAGAAAAAAAAUGAACUUUUAGUUUGCUUAGUAUAAUACUUACUGUUUCUGAACAGCUGGCCAUAUUGCACUGACUUGAGUCUGUCAUUGUUAAACCGCAUGUUGCUGUAUUUGCUUGUCAUUCAGCUCAUUUUUCUUGUUGCCUUUCUAUCAAAGUGCAGUCCCAGUCUUUAAUGGAAUUCCCUAUGUUGUAAACUUCUUGGCUCUCAUGUCCUUUUCAUUCUUCCUCACUGAUGGGUUAAGGAUCCAACUCUUCCAUAUUUUCCAGACUUUAAAUUCCAGUCUUGAGCUCCUUCCUCCCUCUUCCCAUAAUGUGCUACACUAUCUCUAAUUCCUCAGAUUUCGUUUGCUGCCAGAUGUGGUAAGAUGGAAGAUUGCAAAAUCUGGAGCUGCAAGGAGUUAAAAUUUCUAUAUUUUUCUCUCUUAUCUAAUAUUGUUAAUAAAGAUGAAUAAAGCAUUGGGGUUUCUUAACAGUUCUUACUGAAUUUUGUGUUUUUUCUGGCAACCUUUUGCCACAGUCUGUAAGGCGAGAUCAUUGAAUGAUUGGGACUUCAGAGCAACUUGCCUUCUACACUUCUGUGCCUCAGCAAUGUUUCCUAUAGGGGGCUCAGCUACCUUCUCUGAAAUAACAAAACACUAAAAUGGAUCCCCCCUUGGAUCCAGAGUUACUAGCACAAUCUUCAGAUCCCAAGUUCUCCUCUGAUCUGAAAGGUCUGUCUCAUAAAGUUUCUCAACUUCCUACAGUCUUCUCUGAAAUUAAGUCUCUGGAUUCGAUUGACUGGAGCUCUUCUUAGGAGGCAUAAACUUUGGCCUGCCUCCUUGGAUCAGAAGCAAAGGAAAAAAACAUUUUUCUGAUCCGGUCUGCUCAGAUACUUUGCUUCUUGAAUCCUAACCACAGGAUCCAAUUAAUAACAUAUUGCCCAGAAACAGUUGAACUAUUCUCAGAUCCGGUGCUUUCGGAUCCAGAACCGUUGGGCAAAUUUCUCCUUAGAUCUGAAGUUUCGAAUCCGACAUAUAACAAAUCGUCCAGAGGGAGAAGAGUUAUACUCUGUUCUGGUGCCUUCGGAUCCAGAACUGUUAGGCAAAUAGUUCUCUACUCGGAUCCGAUAUAUAACAAGUCACCCACAGAGAGCUGAGCUAUGCUCUAAACUGGUGUCUUCAGAUCUUGGAUUUUUGUCUGAACUUAGUUGUUUUUUUUUUUUUUUUUUUUGAUCCGAUGGUUUCACUUUUUGUUGCCUUCAGCUUCCAUAUAAAAAUAUAUAUUUUAGUCCAAAUGCCUAAUAACACACAUUCUGUUAUUCUAGCUACUUUCUAAGCUCAUAACUUGCACCCUUGUUCCCCAUCAUAUAAGGUUUUGUUCAGAUUUCUUGAGCUGACAGGUUGAGAAGUAUGGCUUUCCUUUUUCUUUUCGAGAGGCAUAGUAGCUCGGUCUGUGCUGUAGGCAGGGAUUGUGCUCCAACUUCCUGACGCUGCCUGGGUAGACUUGGAAUGUUUUCCUCAUGUCUGUAUGUUCUCAACAAGCAUGCUGUCAUGGCAGCAUGAAGUUGCUCUCUGAGACUGGUUCUUCCUUUCUGGCCCAGUGUACAGGUUUACCUCUGAGAUUUGCAUCUGGUCCUAAUUUACAAACCCCUACAUAGUUCACUGUGGAGUCUCUUUCCUCUCCCUAGCACUACUGCUCAGGAUCUAACCUGUCCUUUUUUCCUAAGAAUUUUCAGCUUGACACGGUGAUAGAUCUCUCUCUCUCUCUCCCUCCUUUGUUUUUCAGUGGCCAGGACUUGCUUUAAACUGAAGUGACCAUUUAUUUCAUUUGUAAUAUUUCCAAGGUUUUUUUCCCUCCAGAAUACGUGAGCAGAAGAUCUCAUUCUCACUCCUCCACUGGGCCUCUCACAGAGGAAAGAAAGAUUCUCCAGGCUUUUCCAGAUAGUGUCCCCUUCCCUUAUCCCCCACUGGAACACAACAGUCUCGCUGGAUAUUAUGGUAGUGGCCUGUGUCACAGUAUGAGAAUUGCUGAUCAAUUUCUGUUUGCCCUUCCCUCUUCCACACAUUCAGAACUAUUAACAUUUUUUUGGGACUGACCGAGAUCACCUUAGAUACUCCUGUGCUGAAGUUGUUUACUGCCAGCACACUUCUAUAGGCCGUAGAAGACUGUAAAAUAAAACUUCCUUACUUUCAUCAGUUUGUGUCUAUGGAGGGAAACCAAAAUGCCUUCCAUACAGCUGAUCCAGGUAUCCCCUUAAGAAACAUGCAUACAUACUGCUGUAAUAUUUCAUGGAUCCCCAAUACUUCCCUUACCUCUUCUUAGUGGAGAUUCAUUAAGUAUUUUUCUAAUUCGUCCUUCGACUCCAGGUCUUUGGAAGAUGUCAGGAAGUUCUUUCCUCAACCAACUACUCCAUCGCCCUUUUUGAAUACUUUGAUUUGUCUCAUCCCUCAUAUAGAGGAAAGCACCUUUCAACUGAUUAGCCCAGACUCCACCAUUUCCAGACUUUCUUGCAUGAUGCUAUGAUAUUUUGGGUAACUCCUUUAGGCAUCUUUGUUUAAUGUCCCCCCUUGAUGACUCCUCCUUCUGUAGGGCAUUCGUGAAUUAUCUGUUCAUCUCCAGCUAACAAAACAAGAAAGCCAAGACCCUACAUGCGUCUGGAAUCAAAGCCUUUCUUCUUCCCUUCACAUACAUUUUCAGCAAGGCUAUAAGAAUAUGUGCCUAGAAAGGAGGAGUCCACAAAAACAUGUUUCUAUGUGCUCCUCCUUUGAUAGAUCCUAUCAGCAUCCUAAUGCCCUUCAGGGCUGCCAAUGUCUUGAAAAUUUUGGGGGUUAGGUUUCCCCUCCAUCUGGACACCUGGAGUAAUUUAACAAACAAUUCCGGUCGUGCCAAAAAUAGGUUGAUAAUCCCUUUCUUCCCUUUUAUCUGUAACAAAAAGAGAUCUCAGGAUCCACGUCUUUUUCUAUAUAAUUAUUCUAAAUGUUAAUGUAAGUAAUCUAAAUUCUGGAUGCUUUACAUUUCAGUCCAUCCUGUCUCUUCUGCGCAAGCUUUAACAAAGGUGUCCCAUAUGCUUCUAAGGUGCACAAUUCCACAUUAAAAUAGAGGGGUGUUCUGCAGUCAUUGAGAGCUAGUUACUAUCCAGUUUACCUCCUUUACCUUCACCACGGCCUCCAGGGACUUUGCUUAAUGCUGAGUAGUUGAGCUGAAUCGCAUAUCACUAGAAAGGCUACUACUGUGGUCAUAUACUAUGGGUAACAUUUCACUUCUGUCACCUAGUAUUGUCUACUAGCCAGGGUUUACUUAUUGUUUGUAGAUUCCUAAUUCCCUGGGCAUUACGAAAAUGUAGUCAAGUCAAAACCGAUAAAAUUAUAUUAAAACUAUUUUCUGCACAGAAUCGUGUUUUUUUUUUUCAUAGGAACUGAAAUGGGUAGUACUGCUUAAUUAGGUUUUCAAGUUGAGAAUACAGGCAUAAACUGCUGCUGUUAGAUUCUGAAUCGAUGUCCGCUCCAAUUACUUUUUAGUUCUUCUGACUACCUUUCUGUAGACUUUGGCAGUACAAUGGUCUAUUCUUUACCAGUCUUUAUCUUUCCCCUCAACAUACCUCUGAUUUGGCAAACAUUAUAUUUGUUAGUGUUUGCAACCAUCAAACUAAAACAAUGAGUAACAAGGACACACAGACAAAACCAAUCAGUAAAAACUAAA